AAAACCUCUCUAUUUCUUUCUCUUUGGUGAGCUGGUAACAUGGUUUGUUAUCAAAGAGUAAUAAUAUAUCGUUGACUUCCCAAACCUUUAUACUCCUCAUAUCUUUACAGGCACAGAUCAAAAGAUUUAUCUAUCCUUCUCUUGCUUUGAUAGCGUGGUAGGUAAGCUUAUUUAUCAUUGAAAGGUGUUGUGGGUUUCAACGAUUCCAUUGUAACUUACCGCUUCAGAUUCUACACAGUUAAACAGUGUUUUCGAUAUCAUCAUACCACACAAAUAUUUACACUACUUCGCCUUUACAACAUUACACACACACGUGCGGCUUCAAUUCAAAAGUUCUUCCCUGUUCUCGAAGAAUCUCUAAGCUUGCACGAUUUCUUGAAUUCGGCAAUUUUCCAAACCUCCAUAGGCGGCUCAGUUCUGCCAUUUGAACUGUUCUAUUCUCUUUAUUUGACUAACUGCUCUCCUCCCUGUUGUUUGCACAUCUAUCUAAUUGAGCUUCUCUAUCCGAAUCAAACACUCUCUCGUCAUGACAGAAUCAGACCUUUAUACCGGCAAGUCCAUCACGGAGACGUUACCUACGGAACUUCUUGCUAUGAUCUGCGAGUACCUUGCUCGAAAAGACCUAAUUUGUUUUCGAUUUGCAAGCAAAUCAUGCGCAUAUGUUGCGUCAAAAUGUCUUUUUCGCGAUCUGCAUAUCAUGUUUACAAGGAAGAGCUUUGAAAACCUGUUGAAUGUAUCAAUACGACGAGAUCUUUCGAAGUACGUCUGAAACUUAUGUUACGAGCCGCGCACGCUAGUCGAUAUCGACGUAUCUAGAUUUAAGUCCAAUAUAAUGACUUCUAUAACAGGAGAUGAUGUUACAAGACAAGAGGCUUUUGAAGCAGAGUGGAAGACAUACCGGCGUAUCAUUGACAGCGAGUCAUUCAUAAAGGCUACUGACUAUGACUACACUUUGCCAAGCCCUGCGAAACUUUCAAAAUCUCAAAUUUAUCAAUGUGAAAAGUGAUGGGCCUGAUUCUCAUCCAGCUUUCAUGAACGCUUUUCGACCAAAGACAUUUAUUUCGAAAUAUACGCUGCUGCACAUAGUGUCGAGGACAUUAGGGCUCGAGCUUUACAAAGAAUUAUUCUUGCUGUUGGCAUAGCAGGCAUAAAAUUAACCAGUCUCACUGCUACAGUUAUUCCCCUGCACUUUUUCGCCUCGGUCUUUAACUAUUCCCACUAUCCUAUUAUUCAAGUAGAUCAGCACCUCAAGCGCAUGGACAUAACACUUGCCCCUCACUUCUGGGAGCAACUUCCCACUCCUGUCAUUUCAGGCAUGUGGAGUUUUUUAAGUCCCGCCGUGAAUCUUGAGAAACUCCGAGUCGCCCUGGAUUCAGUUUAUUUCUUCAUAGAUACUUUUUCCAUAAUGACUUGGGAUUCCAUAGUUGGAUUGUUAAAACUGCCGAAAUUGAAAUCCUUCGAGCUCUAUAACAUAUCAGGUACCUACGAACACCUCCCUAAAUUUUUCAAGGAUCAUAUAUCAACGCUUCAGCAUUUAUACUUAGGUGAUUUGAUAUUGGAGGGAAAUAUGUCUGGAUGGGACAAUGUUUUUACUACACUACAGAGCGUACCUCUCCGCACCUGCCAGCUCAGAGGUUAUUUGGGCGGAAAAUAUUAAGCGGAGAAUGUCAAUAUUUUUGUCCUCAUAUUGAGCAAUAGCUAUGAUAUCUGCUUAGAGCGCUAUCCAGAACUAUCUUUGCUGCUACAGUAUUGCAGCAAACACGGGCUUAAACCACUAUGUCUGAGUACGUUGAUAGAAUUUCUCAUCAAGGAUCCUCCUGAACAUUCAGAUCUCUCAACGCUUACAGUCAGUAGGCUUUGGGAGAUUAUGAUGUAUCAAGUGAAACUUCGUUACGAUUAUCCGGUAACAUCAUCAACAUCAAACUCCGCAGAAGGAUCGGCACCAGAUAUGGUAUAAUCACUAUCCGAAGGAUAGUUCAACCUCAAUAGGAACGAUACUGAUGAAAAUGUGGGAGAUUUCGAGCAUAACGAAGAUCAAAAUAGAGCCUAAGUGAAAACGAUAUGAUGAGUCUGAUAUCGAUUCGGCUUGGCCCGGCACAGAUGGAUAUGAUUCUGCUUGAUUCCAUGUUACAAGUGCGCAGCACAGAAUAAUCUCGAUCUCUAGCUCAAUGACGAAUUUCACGGCAUCGACGCGGAGGAGAACAUACAAGUUUGUCACGGAAGAUAGCUAGCUCUGGUCUGAAUCUUCACCUCUACAUUUUUCUUGUUUAAGACACCCGUUUCUCUCUUUCCAUCCGCUUAUGCUACUACAGCAAGGGUCAAUAGGACCGGAAUGGAUGGUAUAGAUGUCUAUUAAUGGCAUUCAACGGCAGGCCAAGGCCGGAUGUCAAAUAAU